ACCUGUUGGUUUGCUCUUGACAGCGCUUCAGACCGCGGUUCUGCGUUUUCAUGUUGUUGUUUUUUUAAACGGAGGAGGAAAAACGGAGGACUACAGUAAAGGGAGAAUGAGAAGAACAGCUAGAAGACACGACGCCGUCCGGUCUGUGACCACACGGUUCACUGCCCUGCUCCAACUCUGUGGUUCGAGAGAAUAAUGAAACCCGCAUUUCUGACAUGUUUAUACAUAUUAAGUAUCUGUGCUGCCCUCACAUAUGGAACUAAAUGCGGGCGAAGUGAAUAUCUAUCAGCAGCUGAAGAAUGCUGUCCUAUGUGUGCUAUAGGGUCUGUGGUUCUGAAAGACUGUCAUGGUGAUUACAGUACAACAUGCAAACCUUGUUCUAAAGGAACAUUUAUGAAUGAACCAAAUGGGCUACACAGCUGUUUUCAGUGUAAAAUCUGUGAAAAUGGACUUUAUAUUUCACAAGAGUGUACAACAAUAAAGGAUACAGUGUGUGGGGUGUUGGAUGGAUAUUAUUGCUUGCGUUAUUCAGAUGACAAAAGAGAUUGUUCUCUUGCAAUAAAACAUAGUCAAUGCCAACCGGGGGAACAAAUAAAAACUCCAGGCACAAAGUCCUCAGAUACAGUUUGUGAGCCCUGUCCCACAGGCUUUUACUCUCCUGAAGGUGUGAAAUGCUCUAAAUGGACUGACUGUUCAGUAAAAAAUGAGAUUGAGGAACAAGAAGGCACUUCCAUUAUAGAUGUUCAGUGCAAACCAAGAAACUGGAAUAUGAUAUAUGGACUCAUAGCAGUUUUACUUACAGUUACAGUUACACUUUUGCUGUCACUUAUAGUUUCAUAUUUGAAGCAAAAACCAGCAAACAAGAAAUCAGAACGUUACAGAAGCAAGUAAGUGGAGCUCCGUAGAGGAAACCGGUUCUCACAUCUUAGUGUGUACUUCAACAUCAUCAACAUCCAGUUAACUGUAAGAGCUGCCUCUACUGUAUCAUCAAGAAUGCUUAAUGAAAGAAAGAAAUUCAGGAAACGAAUCACCAGCUGUCCAAUUAGAUAACAAGGAACAGUUGUUGUGAAUGAAAACAUGAAGAAGGAUUUUCUGCUUCUUUCCAAACCACCAGGUUUACAAAAGGACAUGGUAGACAUUGUUUGGAAACCCAAAAAAGAGAGUGGUGAUUUUUUUUUAAUACUUAUGAUUGGUUCCCUGAUUAGUGGAUACCAAUCAUAAAUACUGAUUAGUGCCCUCUUUAUAGGUCAACAACUGCUCUAGGACAAGCAGAAUUGCCCAGAACUGUAUUCUUCUUUUUUUUUUUAAAUAAUGGAUUCAGGUGGCACGGUGGCUUAGUGGUUAGCACGUUCGCCUCACACCUCCAGCAUCCUGGAUUCAAGUCUCGCUUGGUGGGUUUCCUCGGAGUGCUCCAGUUUCCUCCCACAGUCCAUAAACAUGCUUCUAGGCUGAUUGGAGUCUCUAAAUUGCUCAUAGUGUGUGAUUGCAUGAGAGUGGGUGUGUGCCCUGUGAUGGGUUGGCACUCCAUCCAGGGUGUAUCCUGCCUUGAUGCCUGAUAAUGCCUGAGAUAGGCACAGGCUCCCCAUGACCUGAGUAUAGAUCGAUGAAAUAAAAAAAAUAAUAGAUUUAAUGGUUCUUUGUCAGUUUUUUAAAAUAACAGAAUCCUGAUAUGUACUUUUUAGAGCUGUGUUGUGUUGGAAUUGUUUUGAUGGCUCCUAGUGCUCCUAAUUCCUAUUGUUUAGAUAUGUUCUCUACUCAGGAAAAUACUUUAAUUCACCUUCAUUUCAUUCAUUAUUUUUGAACUCUAUUAAAAACGUUACAGUUGAAUUUAGGAUUUAUUACUAGUUAUGGGUUUCAUUUUGCAAAUGAUUUCCCCCCACUUCAGUACUGCUAAAAUAUAGUUGAAAUGUAUUUCUUUGCACUUCUUAUCUAAAAUUUUUAAGCGUUGCUAUGGUAUGAAGUGCAGUUUUCUCAUUUUUAACUUUUGCUCCAAGAGCAAUUAGUUAUAAUGCACUAUACACUUACACUAUGCACUAAUAAAUAAACACAAAUAAACACUAAACAAAUAAAUGCUGUUUAUGUCCAGCAUGUCAAUGUCAAAUGCAUGUAAUGUGAAUCUGCUAGCAGAACACAGAGAAUGUUUCAAAUGUUGAAAACUAAAUCUUGCAGUGUGGGCGCUUUCUUGCAACACAAAUUGUAUAUCUGUGCUUCUGAUUUUGGGUAUUGAAACAAGCAUUAAUCUGACGUUUUGUUCUGGUUACAAUAACAUGGUAAUAUUUACAUACAACUUUUUUUGUAAGUCUUAUUACCAUUAAUGUAUUUUUUCUGUUAAUUCUGCAUUCAUCUGUGGAAUUCUGUUGCAUCUUAUGAAGUAUUUGUAUCUUCAUGUUACAUGUUUGCACCACUCCUAUGUAAGCCCGUUCACCAUGGAACAAAUUGGAAAUGCUGCUUGAUCCCUUUCACACUUUAUUCUGUUUUGUUUUUUUGUCACUGUUGCUAAUUAGUGGUUAAGACACUGAUGAGGCCUGUUAAACUGAUAUUUACACUUCUAACAUACAGUUAGUUUUAAAUGCACAUGUUUUACAUUAUUGCACACUCUUGAAGAUCACGGGUGUUGGCAAAUUUGCUUUCUUCCAUAAAUCAGAUAUCAGUGACUAAACAUGGGGCCAAGAUGUUUUGUUUUGUUUUUGAUGUAUUUUUAGAAAUUGAUCUAUACCCCAAUAAGGACUAGGGACACCCCUUGUUUACACAAUCAUGAGCAGUUUUUUUUUUUUUUUUUACUAAUGUUUUGUAGAUGAUUUACAACUUUUAUACUGUAUUAAAAUGUU